GCAAAAUCAGAUAAUGGCACCAGAUUUCUACUUAGAUCAAGCCAAGUAGCUUAAUGAAGUACAGAUAAACGUCAUUUUCUUGGCUAGAUUUUAGUUCAGAGUUUCCCCGGAUUUCCAUUUGAACUUGUGUAGAGCCUAUAAAUUCAUGGCCAUCUUCUCAAAAUUUCACAACUUUUUUUUAUACUGUAUUAAAACUUCAUCCAUACAUAAAAAUCUUUGAAGUGCCAGCAAUCAAAAGCUAAUUAUCUUAAUUGCCAUCAUUUCUAAACUCUCUAGAUUCAAUAACAAAUGAAAACCAUGGCGAACUCUGGCGGCGUAUUGCCCAAUAAUGAAUCGAUGGACCAAAGACCCGUCAGACCUUUGGAGGCCAUCAUCAAUGACGCAAGUAAGCGUUACAUGUUCAAAAUUUCGCAAUCUUCUUCUCAAACUGCAGGUGCGCCUGGUCCUUCUCAAGGACCUCCAAUCGCUAGCUCAGUUGAUCAACCUAGAACUGGACUUGAUUCUUCUCAAGGAGGUUCUGUUCUCCGCAUCGAUGUCAUGCCUGUUCCUGGCAAAGGGUUCUCGGGAAACCGCGCUUUUAUCAAAAGUAUUUGGGAUAGGACCGCAGCGAAUGGCCAAAUUUCUGGUGCACGCACCUUUACCUUUACCUUUGACCCUUCCACCCCGCCCUUCGUUCCUUUCAAUGGAUCUUUUUAUGGAAGACUUGAAGAGGAGGAUUUUAACGAUUAUGACUGUGGUUUCUCGCACUGUGGAGGGUUCUGUGCACUUUAUGCCCCCUGCGCUGCCAAUGGUGACAAUAAUGGGGCCAUUCAGCAAGCGAGCUCUUCCGCUGUCCAAAACGAGGGGGAAGCAAACAUUGUCCCAAACAAAGACAAUGUUCAAGUCGAAGCCAUUGUCACAAACGAAGACAAUGUUGAAGUCGAAGCCAUUGUCAAAAACGAAGACAAUGUUCAAGUCAAAGCCAUUGUCACAAACGAAGACAAUGUUCAAGUCGGAGAUAUUGUCCCAGAUGGUGGCAAUGCCUCAGAUACCGAAGAUGAUUCGGAGGACGACGAAGAAGGAGGUGCCCCCCUUGACGCAUGGGAAAGACCUCCCCUUACAGCAGAGCAACUCCUUAAAUUAGAUGAGGAGAUGAGAACAGAAAUGGCCGAAAUUAAACGAAGAUGGAUUCUUUCUGGCCGUCGUCUCGACCAUGCAUAUCCUCACAGAAUGGGCUGUGAAUGUUUUUUCUGUACCCUUGACGGUUGAAUGAUUUUCUCAUUACCGUGUACAAUUCUUUUCUUUUGGCUCCUCAUGUAACGCCAGUGACGGUUGAAUGAUUCUCUCAUUACCGUACGUACUAUGCAUUCUUCUUUUCCAUGUAAUACUGGUGACGGCUGAAUGAUUUCUCAUUGCCGUAUAUACAUAUAAUAUGUAUGUUCAUUUUUCAUAUAAUGUGUAAUAUUGGUGACGGUUGAAUGAUUUCUCAUUGCCGUGUGCAAUUCUUUUCUUUUGGCUCCUCA